AUAACUUUCAGAUAAAUCGAGAAAGAAUCAAAAUGUCUGAAGAUAAAUUAGAACAGAAUCCUGCUACAGAUAAAGCAGAGAGUGAGGGGCUCAUGCAGGAUCCUAAAAACGUCCAGGAAUUGACAGGAUACAUUCAAAACAUGCUCCAACAGAUGCAGGAAAGAUUCCAAAUGAUGUCGGAUCAGAUCAUCACUCGUAUUGACGAUAUGGGAUCAAGGAUCGACGAUCUUGAGCACAACAUUAACGAUCUCAUGUCACAAGCGGGGAACGCAAGCAAUCCUGCAUUAACCCAAGAAAAGGAAUCCAAAUAGUUUAAAUUUAAAAACAAUUGAUUGAUAUCGGUUUUAUAUUUUUAAAAAAAACCUGUUUUUCAAUCACUAUUUAAUCAUAUGGUUAUUUAGGCUUUUGAAGGCUUGAAUUUUCCAUUUUAUAAUGUUUAAGAUUUCCCAGAUAUUUAAAAAAGCCCAGUUGAAGAGCUAAUUCUGAUUGAGGCUACUUUGAAUAAAUAAAAUUGAUUUUGAACAUGUUUCGUAUUUAAAUCUAAUUUAUUUCCAAAUUGUGUUUCGAAUUGCUUUUCAUCUUUCUGUACACUGCCUGCCUUAUUUUUUCGAGUAGAUUUCUUGAUUUGAAUUGUUUGAUUUGAAGAAAUGUUUCUAUUAUCUUACUUAUAUAUUAAUUCUCACAUUGCCCCAGAAAGGUCUUUAAAACAACAUAGUAAAAAAGACAACAUUUAGUUUCGGAAAUACUAUAUUAUCUAAAUAUUUCCCCUUCAAGUGGAACUAUUACGCUGAAACUAAAUGUCGUCUUUUUUACAAUGCUUUUUUAAAUAUGCUUUGGUUGGAACAGUGUGUUCUUCAGCAUAUCCUAGUUGUUUCAGA